GGUGGGGGAAGGGCGAGCGGUGGAGCUUCGGCGGCAGGGAUGGAGCACCAUCAGCCCGCCAGCCGCUACCAAGUGUGUGUAAAAAUGAGUGAGCAACUAAGUACUAAAGCUUGGGAUGGCCUUUUCCUGUGAAAGGAUUUUUCAGCUUCACAAUGAGGAUGACCCUCCUGAAUCUUCAGUGGCUGAGCAGCCUUCUACUUCUACAGAGACGACACAGACUCCUCAGACAGCAGCCUUAUCUGAAGCAGAUACCUCCCCACCACCUUACUGUAGCAUAGGCGUAGAAGCAGCUGCAACCUCAGAAACACACAAUGAAUUUUAUCCUGUACCACCUCCAUACAGUGUAGCUACCUCUCUUCCUACUUACGAUGAAGCAGAGAAGGCCAAAGCUGCAGCGAUGGCAGCUGCUGCAGCAGAAGUUACCCAACGUCACGCCCAGUUUAGGGAGUCUAGGAGUCUGUUUGAUGAAAUAUUCCACAGUCGUCCCGAGGAAGAAGAGUAUCCACCACGGGAUGAUUUCAGUGAUGCAGAUCAGCUUAGAGUGGGCAAUGAUGGCAUCUUCAUGUUGGCAUUUUUCAUGGCAUUUAUUUUCAACUGGAUUGGAUUUUGUUUAUCCUUCUGUAUAACCAAUACCAUAGCUGGAAGGUAUGGUGCAAUCUGUGGAUUUGGUCUGUCUCUGAUCAAAUGGAUUCUCAUUGUACGGUUUUCAGAUUACUUUACUGGAUAUUUCAAUGGACAGUACUGGCUUUGGUGGAUAUUUCUGGUACUUGGACUCCUCCUGUUCUUUCGAGGCUUUGUCAAUUAUCUUAAAGUCAGAAACAUGUCUGAAAGCAUGGCAGCUGCUCACAGAACAAGAUUCUUUUUCUUGUAUUAAAGACUGCAUCAAACAGACAUUCCUUUCUUGUACCAGUGUGAAAUUUCCAGAUGAUCCCUAAUCCUGCAAGUUAAUAGGAUAGAAGACUACUAAAAACAGAAGACAAAUAAGUGAAGAUACUGCUUCAAAAUAGAAUGACAGGAUGGCUUACGCUCAAGUGCCAGUUGUAGUCAUUCUAAUAAAUAUUUAUAAUUGCUGCCUUUUGUUUCAGCACAUCUGCAUACAUGCUUACUAAAAAAACGGUAGUGCUGAAGUAAGAACAAACCAUCUAUUAGUAUUGAUUAGGUACAGUCAGAUUUGGUUAAUCUGUGCUUGUUUUACCUGACACGUGUAAGUGGUAACUUGUUUCACAAAAUGUCUGUACCACUGACUUGUUGAUCUGAAGUUUGAGUAAAAUGAAAUGCAUUAAAUGAUUUAGAUUAACCAGUUCAGACGAUUUUUUCUAUAAUUUAGAUUCAUCUAAUGAUUAUGUAGAACAACUUUGCUAUUUACUAAAACUCAAAAUUUCCUUGGUGUCACAAACUUGCAUUCAUCAAUAUUUUAUUGAAUUCACACCAGAAUACUGGUUUACUUACGGAUGAUACCCACGUUGAGUCCCCUGUAAAUAAUUCUGCUUAGAUUACUAUUUAAAUUGCUUCUUAGGAACUGUGUCAAAAUAUAUUUUGUAACAGUAUAUUCUCCAAAUUGUUUAAUCUUCAUAAGAGCUAUAUGCAUUUUUUUGUUAAUUUGACUAUUUGGGUAUAAUUACUAUUAGAUGUAAUUUUUGAGGUAAAGGCAUUGAAUUGGUUAUCACAGCUUUCCUCACAUGGAUUUUAGCAGGAAAGGGCUUGAGUCGAAAAGCCCUCAUUCUUAUGUAUGUGAGAAUGAUCCCAUUACUUGAUGGAGCUCAUGUUAGCAGGGAUGGACAGCCUUGCACCUGUAGUCCUGGAUUGUGCAGUUGGAUCCUUGUGUAUGCACCUUUGUUCCUGAAACAGUGUAUUGCAAAUGUAUUCCCUGAUUUAUAACACUGACUCUGUUUAAAAAUUCUUGAGUUUGAUAUAAACUCAACAUCUAUUUAGGAUAUUCUCAAGAAAAAGAGGAAAAAAAUUAUCUGCCAUUUCAUAAGAAUAAACUAAAUGCAAGAUAACUUUGGAAAUAAUCUAUGAAGGAAAAGAAAUCUUACUUUUAAAGCUCUGAAAUUGGAAAAAGUGUGUUGCACUUCUCUCAGUGUUCAUUUAAGUUAUACCAUUACUUUGCUAUUAAAUAUCAUCUCUUUGGGGGUUACUCUAAGUGUUAAUGCACAUUUGAUUUCCUUUAAUGUUUAUCAUUUAUACUUCUACCUAAGAAGGAGAAUGCAUCUCUCAGUCCUUUGUACAACUGGAAUCUCAGUUGCAAAAUACAUUGGUUGUUGGUUGCACCUUUGGGGAAAAAAAUUACAAAUACUUUCCUCCAGUUUUUAUAUUAGGAUUCUGCCUUUUUAUUACUAACAUUAAAAAUGAGAUUUAUGUUUUGAGUUAGUGCUGUAUUCAAUUUUGUAUCUGUAAUGAAUGUUUAAAAUAUGCAUAUGUAAACUGGUUACAUUAUUAGUUUUCUUAAUCUUUCAGAGAUACUGAAAGUGAUUAAAACCUUAGGGGCACCUUCACUUCCCCGCUUUUUAUGGAAAGUAAAAUUAAGUAGAAGUUCCUUCUAAACUUAGCUGUUGGUUUCUCUGUUCUUUUGCAUCCAUUGUCCUUAUGAAAUAAGAAACAGAUAAUAAAACAGUGCUUUGUUUUGCUAA